AUGGCCCAAAAUUGUGAGGUUAUGGACGCCACGGCGGCCAUGCCUUACACAGAAAGUCGAUGUGGUGAUAGACUAACGGAAAAAGAAGGUGUAAUGACAAGGAGCAAAAGAGCUCUAGAAAAUGGCGGAUGGAAUGAGAAUGGUGGCAAAAACGACAAGGCAUGUUCGUAUGCUGAUCAGAUAAGACAAAAUAUGAAGAAGCGGCGCUUCAAUGAUGAAGCUGUGUUGUACACAGCGGAGCACAAGGACAUUGAAAGCAAUAUUGUGGAGGAGGUUAAAGCUGCUACAAAGGAGUUAAGAACAGGAUGGUCUCCAAAGUACUGGUGGAACGAGAACCUUACGGUGGCGUAUAGGAAACAGCUGGCUGCUGUCAAAAAAUCGAGGAAAUAUCCCAGUUAUCUGAAUCUGGAGAAUGCCAGGAAAGAGAUAGAGGCAUGGAAAGCUAUGGUACAGAAGGCAAAAAAGGAUAGCUUUCUGGAAAAAAUAGAUGAGGUGAAUAAGAAAGAAUCGUCGGUUGGUGAAUCUACCACGGGAUGUGGCAUUUAUAAUGCCUCCAAAAAUGAAAAAUUUCUCUUCAAAAACAUAAAUCCUCGUCAAUGUUCGGCGAACUCUAUGCCCUGCGUGGAGCUAUGUCGCCAGUUGUCGGAUGAGCUAAAACAAAAACAGGCAGCCACCGAGAGCUUAAUUAACAAAAUCCUGUAUUCUAAAAGAUUGCUGGUCGAUCAUGUGGAAGCACUGGAACAAUGUAUGGCCUAUAUGCAAGAAAGGUCAUUGGAGUCGACCAACGACCCUGCCGCUGGUACGGAUGCAACAGACUCCAAUGGGCCAACAGGCAACCAUAUGCGAAUAAAUACACAAUGGCCAGAAAUAUUUACGGCGCGCAAUACUUGCCUGUUGUUGGGUUCCACCGUAUUGGAACAUUUUAUUACACCACGUGCACUGCGUCUUCUGCUCGUGCCGUCAGCAAUUGUUGCAGGCAGUUUCAGUGCCCUUUACGCGGUGAAAAAAGUUUUCGGGUUUCGUAAUAAAAUCGUGGAACGUGAAUUUGAGAAUCUCAUACGCACAAUUGAUGACUUCGGGAAUUGUAUACGACGCAAUAUGACCUAUUUUAAUGAGAUAAUCAUAAUGAAGCAACAGGAACUAAUAGAAUCACGUCAAAUCGAAAGAGCUUGGGAUUGUAUUACCGCAGCCAAGGAAGUGACUGAAAUUUUAUUUGAAGCCACCCGAAAAUUGGAAUCACAAUAUCCCUUACCAGCUCGAUUCUCACAGUAUUAUGCACCAAUGGAAGAUUUAAAAGAAUGUGAUUAUUUCAAGACUAACGUUACCGAUUAUAGUCCAAAGCAUAUUAAAGAUUUUCAUAACAUCUUCGCCUAUGUCCAAUCACAGUUCCUUCUCCGAUUAGCAUUAACUGUCUACACUAAGCCGUCUUUGAGUUGCCUAAAUGAAGAAUUAGUAAAAAUCGAAUGCCUUAUAAGACAAUUGGUGAUGGAAGAGGAGAACCACUUUAAAAAUCUUGCCAUUGAGCAGAAUAAGAAAAAAUCUCUAGAGUUGGAGGAACUCAACGCCAGCCGAGCUCUAAGGACAAGAAAUGAUCCGGUCGGAAUAUUGCAGGACUCUUCACUAAAGCUGAGCGCUUGUAUGGUGGCUGUGGCUGCAGAAUGCCAAGCUUUGGACAUAACCCUGCAAAGACUUACAGAAACAGAAAAUGUCAAAAAGGAUAAUGCCAAACACUUAGUCGAGGUUGCCAACAAUAUGCGCAGCAUUGAAAAUGCAUUGUCAUUGUGCUUCGAUGACUUCCAGCGUCUAAUGUUGGUUUAUAAUAAAUUCCUGAAUAGUAAAUUAGAUUUGAAGGAACCCAGUGAGAAGAGUGAUACUAAAUCGCAGGAUACGGAUGAUGAAUUUCCUGAAAGCUUUUUGCGUGUGGAAAUUUCACAGAAUCCCAAUGACGCCGAAAAGACCGAUGACUUUUAUGCCUACAUGUUUGACGAAAAACAAGCCAAGCUGGAGCAAGAACAAUUAGAGAAAGAACAGUUGGAGCAGCGUAAAGAAGAUUUGGAAAUAUUAAAUUUUGAGAAACGGAUAACAAAAGGUCGUUUUAAACCCGUUUUGAAGCAGCUAAAGGGUCGCAUAGAUCCUAUACGCAAGGUCAUGUUACAAAAGGAGCGUGAAGUGUUGGCCGCAAAGGGCAUUAAUGUCGACGAACUAUUCGACAAUGAGGACUGCGAAAGUUUUGAGGAAAAAUGUAAUUCAACGGAAAAACAAGUUGACGACGAUGAUGUCUCUGAUGAGGGCAGUGAGGGUAGUGCCGAUUUAGAAUAUGAACGCCGCACAAAGAAACUAAAAGAACGCGACAACUUUGCUGAAAUGCGCAACUUUUUGGCCCAAAAGCCGGCAAUUAAUCUCUUUAAGUUAGAUGUUCCGCCCACACCAUCUAAUGCAUUGGGCGAAGAAGACAUUUUGGAAAGCGAGUGUUAAACAUU